ACAUGAACUUCUGCACAUGCUUAACUGUUUAUGAAUUAAAUACCUAUUUCUAGAUGAACUAAGAUGUCACUGAAUAGUUCCUUUCGCAUUCUAAUAACGCACUUGUUCUAAUCAGUUCCCAGUCAGUUCCAUGUUCUACACAUUUGGCUCAGGCGUUGGCGUAUCGUUCUGAUGUCGCUCAUCACUCAUGAGGAGCGGAGGUAAUGAAUGCAUUCGGACCUGGUUUUAUUUUCUCGUGCUUGCAGGAUGAGUGCUGCUGUACUGACGUGCGCCCUCCUCUGUCUGGCAAUGAGCAAUGCCUGGUCCCUGUGUGAGCCCACUGCAUACACGCUCUACGUGGAAAGAAACGAGUGCCCCUACUGUGUGGUCAUCAACACCACUAUCUGCGCUGGCUUCUGUGUCACACGGGACGUGAACCUGAAGAGCCUUCUUCCCAAGUCAGCUGUGUCACAGAGGAGCUGCACCUACCAGGAUCUGAGCUACCACACGGUGACCCUGCCAGGCUGCCCGCUCCACAGCAACCCCUCGUACUCCUACGCCGUGGCGCUGAGCUGCCGCUGCAGGAAGUGCAACACAGACUACAGCGAGUGCACCACGGAGACCCUGCGCCCCAGCCAGUGCACCAAACCACCCCGUGAGGCCGACAGCUACCGCGGCCAGAGCAACUUCAUCCAAUAGGGGCCACGGCCGCCGGGCAACACACUCGCAUAGGGAGGGGGUUACAGGGGAGAGGGCGAAGGGGGCAUGACAGGGGCCAAACAUACAAUAUUUUCUAUGGAAGUUGUGCCACCUUUAAUAGAACUAGCGUUGUGUAUGUCAUCUGCAGAAAUGGACCGGGCCGCUUUCUUGAUUUUCCCACUUGUGUUCUAAGUAGGCCCACUUGUGAGGUUUUUUUGUUUUGUUUUGUAAAAGCGCAUUCCUACGACGCUUCAAGGCGUCUCACACACGGUGUUUCGUGUACGUGUUUCAUGUAUGAACAGUGAUCUUACAUUCCUUGCAUGUUUCAAUGUGCGUUCAA